UACUGCCUUACAGCAAAAAGUUUGUCGGCUAGAAAACGCUUUCUCUGACUUUGCACGUUUUGAAAAGUUUCCUCAAAUCGUUUCACAAUGGAUGAAAGUGAUCUCUGCGAAGAGAAAGAUUUGAAUGCUUGCCUUCCUCUUGAUAUUGAUCCAACCGCGCUGAAGAUCUUUGAGGACAUAUUUAACAAAGCGAUACAACCUCUUGUCGCGCCUUUGACAAAGAUAAAAGAAAAUGAAUUUGGGCUCAUUUGGAACAACGAAAUUGAGCUCAACCAAAAAGUCAAAUCGCUUUCAAUGGCGCUUCAACAAACCUUAAAGGAUUCCCUCGCUUUGAGGCAUACGGAAGCUGCAAAGCACAUCAAUGGAAGCACCUGCGACAAGUUUCUGGAGUAUGUAUACAUUGAGCUGGACAAGUCCCUUUUCGGUGAAGAAAUGUUUAAGUCUUCCCUUGUCGAAAUCAAGAAACAGAUCGAAAAAAAUAUACUGAGUUUGAAAAAGACCCUUGUAGUUAAGAAUGAAGAAGAAGCAAAAUCUAUAUCUGAUCUCGAAACCAUGAUAGCUAGAACAGCUCUUUUCGAUCCUAUCCACAUUCACCAUUCUUUACUUUGUGUUCAUCUCGCGUACAAUUGCAAAGACCCCGAAUAUAGAAUGCACGACCUUGAAGAAUUGGACAAGGAACAUUUACUUAGCAAUGUUUAUGUUUCUUAUGAAAACGAGGACGUUCCUAAAUAUGUGAUAGCGGAGUGUGGUGAUGUUAUCUACGUCAGCUUCAAAGGAUUGUCGUCGUAUACAAUCCCCAGAAUUCAAAAUACCCAUCGAGGAGGAAUUUAUUCAUAUGUGAAAAAGGAAUCUGAAAAAAUCCCUCUGAAGUAUUUCGCAAGAGCAUUCAUGCAACAGAAACGAAUUAUUUUUUCAGGGCACUCAAGUGGUGGAGCCAUCGCAUCUUUAGUUCUGAUCUUUUUGCUGGAAAAAUUCAAAGAGCAAGGUGAAUCGUAUUUGAAAGAUCACCUCAAAUGUAUUACGUUUGGUCUUAUGCCAUUGGCGGACAGUACAUUCAAGGAUUAUGUCGAGUCAAUACCUGGAGCAAAGGAAUGCUUUUAUCAUAUCGUUCAAAAGGGUGAUUUUAUUCCAAAGCUAUUCGGGGCAUUAAACGGUUCAUAUUUGGAGAACGAGCUGUGGAAUUUAGUAAAGAAAAUAACAGAGAAACCGUUGAAAAUCAUUCAACAAAGCAUAAAGGCAAUUUGGAUGGAUUUAGGUAAAAUGAUUCUUGAUUUUUUUGAAGACUCCAAUCCGAUGGUGAACAGCUUCAUCACAUUCCGCCGUUUGGACAUCUUUGGAUCAUAUUGCAUUAUUGACAAUUCUUUAAAGGAUGUAAAAUAUAAAAUUUUGCCUGCAUCUAAAGCUGUCAAUCAACUAAAAAUAAUUGGUCACUCAUUGGCUGAAUUAGGUCGGCAAUACGUCGUUAAUCAUAGUUUUGAGAGAUAUAUCCACGAGGUUGAGCUGGCUUUGCUUCAAAGUCUUCCUGAUCUCAAGCCAUUCAAAGAAAAUACGAAAUGGGCCACAGCAUCAAAUAAAAUUGUCCCCGAAGUAACUGGCGUUCGUUUCGAAAAUAUCGGUGAGGAGGUCAUCAUCAAAGUAUUUGGGAAUGAGAUGUGGUUCGUGUAUCAGUUAUCCAUCGAGAAUGUCGAAUUUCCUGGUAGGAAUCUACCUGUAGACGUUAUGAAAUCUUCUGGAUCAGAAAUUCAGACAACAAUCAAAGUAAAGAGCAUUUGCCACGAAGAUCAAGUUAACGUUCGUUUGAGAACGCAUUUUCAAUGCAGCAAACAUCUCCCUGCAUUCCAGGUUAAAGCAAAAACCACGACGUACACAGUCACAAAAAGGCAACAGCAACUUGCAAAGCAUCGUCCCAGCGAGAUAAUUGAAUUGGCGUAUCUCAGUGCUCUGUUGGAAAAACGUCAUGACGCUGAUAGAUCUGUCAGAAUGAAAUCCAUCCAGGACUUUUUUAAGAACGCUGUAUCAGUGGUGCCAAUUGAAAGUCUUUUUUAUGCUAUGGGAGAAAGCAGCUUAAACGUUAUGUUAGACUGCUGUGAAAUAGUUUCCGCAGGCAAUAUCGAUCUAAAGACAUUGGCUGUCUCUGAAAUACAAUUUUUUCGUUAA